AUGGCAAUAGAAGUGAUUAUAUCUCCACUGAUUCGGGCGAUGCUUGACAAAUUGGACUCCAGUGCUAUGAGCGAUUUUGCAUAUCAAUGGAGCACCGGGAAAGAGUUGAAGGACCUAUCUGAAACCCUCCGAUUGAUUUACAGAAUGGCUAGUUCUUUAGAGGAUAUGCAAGGAAGAGAUCCAUGCUUGCCGAUUUUCCUCGGAUAUUUAAGAGAAAUUGUUUUCAGAGCCACUUCGACAUUAGACGAGUUCAUCUAUGAAGCUCAUCGACAGAGUUUGGAGAAUGAAAACAAAUCAUCAUGGACUGGUGGAAAGGUACGCCAAUUCAUCUAUUUAUCUUCCUUUGGAAACCAAAUAUUACGUCGACAUGAGAUUCCGGCAUUCAUAACUAAUAUAAAAACUGAGCUGGUUGAGAUCAAAGAAAAGACCAUAUCCACCUAUCAGGACUUGAUCAGCUCAGAUAAAUGGAGGCCUGAUGAAAUGGAAAGGAGGCUUCAAACAAUUUCAUCACUAGACAAGCGUGUUAUGAGUGGCUCCAUGAUUGAUGAUAGAGAAGUUUUUGGUAGGCGGGAAGAUUCCAUCAACAUAAUAAACAUGUUACUUUCUGAUCAAUAUAAUAACAAGACAAUUACUGUCAUUUCCAUAGUUGGGAUUGGGGGGAUCGGCAAAACAACACUUGCUCAACUUAUUUAUAAUGAUCAAGAGGUAGUAGGGCAUUUUGAAGAAAGAGCAUGGGUUUGCGUUUCUGUAGAUUUUGAUGUUGUAAGAAUUACUAGAGCAAUUCUUCAAUCAAUAACCAGGAAAAAGCAGGAUAUUGAACAACUUGACCCACUUCAACGUGAACUGCAAGAUAGGAUAAGGGGGAAGAGAUUUCUACUUGUACUUGAUGAUAUAUGGAGAGAUGACCGCAAAUCCUGGGAUGCCCUAAGGGUUCCAUUAAAAGUUGCAAAAGAAGGAAGUAGAAUUAUAGUAACCACUAGAUUUGUGAGAGUUUCCUCUGUCAUGGGUGCUAUAGAAACUCUUCAUUUGGGUGGUUUGCCAGAAGAAUCUUGCUGGGAAUUGUUUAAAUUGAAGGCUUUUAAUAAUGAAAAUGCAGUGGUAGAUCCAAUCUUAGAAGCAAUUGGUAAGAAGAUUGUUGAAAAAUGUAAACGAUUGCCUCUAGCAAUAAAUACACUUGGAGGACUUUUAUGCAAUGAAUUAGAUUUGAACAAGUGGGAAUCCAUCUUAAAGAGUAAUAUGUGGGAGCUAGAAGGAGAUGAUACCUUUCCAGCUCUACUACUAAGUUAUCAUCACCUUCCAGCACAUUUGAAACUGUGCUUUGCAUAUUGUUCUUUGUUUCCUAAAGGGUAUGAAUUUGACAAGGAAACGUUAAUCCUACUCUGGAUGGCCGAAGGUUUUGUUCCAUCUAGACAAAUUGACAUUAUGGAAGAUCUUGGUAGCAAAUAUUUUGACGAUUUGUUGAAUAGGUCAUUUUUCCAAUAUUAUGGUGGAAAUAAAUUUGUGAUGCAUGAUCUCAUACAUGAUUUAGCAGAGAUAGCUUCAAAGGAGAUGUAUUUGAGAGUGGAUGAAGGAAAAUCAAAUACCCUUUCUGAAAAGUCUCGUUAUAUAUCAACAGUUUCUGUCCAAAUGAAGUCAGUGGAAAAGGAAAUAUAUAAAUGUAAGGAAUUGUCCACAUUGCUGUCAUUAGAGAAUUGGGCUCUUGAGAAGGAUACUUGGCAUAUCCCUCCUGACUUGUUCGAACAAUUUAGAUGCCUACAUGUAUUGGAUUUGAGUGGAAAUAGAUUGAAAAGUUUACCGGAUUCAAUUGGAAAAUUGAAACAUCUACGGUUGCUUAACCUCAACCGAACUGGCAUUCAAGUGUUGCCCGAGUCGUUGUGCAACCUCUACAAUUUGCAGACUUUGAUGCUUAGAGAUUGCAACAUCAAUGAGUUCCCUAAAAGCAUAGGAAGCUUAAUCAACCUCCAAUGCAUAGUGAUGGGAUAUUUUAUGUGGCAUAAGUUCACUGAAAGAGGCAUUGGGAGAUUAUGUUUUCUGAAGACUUUACCUGAGUUUCAGGUGAGAAGGAUUAUUGGCAAUAACAAUAGCACAAUAGAAAAGAUAAAAGAGUUAUGUCAUCUCCAAGGAAAGGUUUAUAUCAAGGGGUUAGAGAAUGUAGUUGACUUUGAGGAGUCUAAGAAGGCUAACCUCUUCAAUAAGCAGAGAAUCGAUCAUUUAGUGUUGGAAUGGAACAAUAUUGAUGGUGACAAUCAAGGAAAUGAAGCACGUAUAGAAGCUGUACUUGAGGGCCUACAGCCUUAUAUGGGGUUGAAGGGUAUCAAAAUAUAUGGUUAUUCUGGCUUAAGAUUCCCAAACUGGAUGAUGAAGGACCUCUCGUGCUAUGAUAUGUUGACCGUUGUGAAUCUAUGGAAUUGUAACAAUUGCAAGCUCCUCCCUCCUUUUGGCAGUCUACCCUCUUUGAAACAAUUGUAUAUAUCCGAUAUGAAGGGAGUGGAAUAUUUGGGUAAGGAGUUUUAUGGAAAUAACAGGGGAUAUCAAAAGUUGGAGAUUCUAUGGCUCCGGAAUAUGAAACGUUUGAAGGAAUGGUGGGGAGCAGAUGAUUGCGAAUUUCCUUGCCUAAGAGAGCUUUGGAUCAUUGGUUGUCCCAAAUUGAUGAAACUCCCCCCUCUCCCUCCCACCGUGAAAAGUGUAAUUAUUCCCUGGUGA